AUGGCCUCCCCCCUCCGACACCUCGCCCUGCGCCACCUCCCGCGCACCACCACCACCACCACCGCCUCCUCCUCCCUCCUCACAACCCCACAGCGCCGCGCCGCCCGCGCCGUCGACAUCCGCCACAUCACCACCCGCCCCUCCCCCGCCAUCCUCGAAAAGUACCGCGCAAAGCUCGACGCCAAGCUCAAAGCCGAGGGCGUCUCGUCCUUCGACGAGCUCAAGGCCGCCUACAAGGACAAGAUCGAGCAGCUGCGCAAAGAAGCCGCCAUCGAGCUCCCGCGCGCGCCCGCCGCCGUCGAAGCAGGCCUCGCGCAGCCCCCGCCGCCCGUCCCAACCCCCGCCGUCGCCGAGGCCGCACGGAGAGCCAACGCGGUGCCGGGGAUAAAGUCGCUGAGCAGCUAUGUGGACGUUGAGAAGCUCCGCGCGCUGCCGGGGCCGAAGGAGAUUGAGUUUAUCUGGAGGGCGCGCUUCGUCGGUGAUGGGGACAGCCUGUGUGCCGCGAUCCCACACGAGAAGUAUGCAAAGAUGGAGGCGGACGCUAAGAAGCACCCCAUGUUCAUCCUCCCCCUCCCACGCGAAGGCCAAGGCAUCGAAAUGCAGUUCCUACAGUGGUCCUUCCCAUCAUCCACCUCGUCGACCAUGAUCUUCACCUCUCUCGCGCAGUACCGGCUUCACGGCGAGUUCGCCGUCCCCCACACGACGCUGACACACCAUCUCGAGCUCGCGCACGAGAAGGGCGUGGUGCUCGCGCAGGGCAGCGUCAACCGCGAUGCCGGCGUCAGCGCGGACGAGGCCCGGCUGCUGCUCAUCGCGCUGCAGAAGUUCUACGGCGCGGGCGGCGACGAGACGGGGCUGCGCAGGAGGAGGCUGCUGGAGAUGUUUAGUAGUGGUGAUCGCGCGUUUCGGGUGGAGGAUUUGGUGGAGGAGGUGGAGAGGAUCGAUUAG